GCUCUCUUGAAAUAGGUAACGGGAGCUAGCAGCCCGGCCCGACCACCAGUGCUAAUACAAUAAUUACUCAAAUUACGUCUGGUAGUAUUGGCGGUCGUCCGUCUGGGAGUCUUCCUGAGCUGUGCAUCACUCUACACCGCCUUUCAAUCCUCCAACUAGCCAGCGAGUAGCGACUGCAAAGCAGAUGAGAUAACUAGCUAGCGUCGUUAGCAUCGUUAGCUCGCCGUGGAGCCGAGCGUCCGCACCGGCUCCGAGGAGAGCGACCGCCAUCGCAGUUCGUUCCGUUCGUCCCGACCAGCCGGGCAGCGUCUUUGUUCCCAAUUUUAUGUAGCGAAGAGACCCGUACGAAACUAGUCCCCGGACGGAUCGCGAGGAGAGAUGUAUCAGCUUCCAGUGAAUAACCUGACACGAAUUAGGAGAGCGAGGAAACAAGUGAAGAAAGCACUUGAAGACAUUGGACUGGAUUACUGCAAGGAGGCAGCCGAGGAGUUCAAAGAGUUUUGUCCUGAUGAGCAAUAUGUCAAGGCUACUCUUUGCCUUGAUAUCUGUUCAUGGGAUCCAUCCUACUCCAAAACACAGGAAUACAGAUCGAAGCCAUUUUGCUGCACAGAGUGCCCCUUUUCUUCCAAAUACUACUCAGGCUACAAGAAUCACUUCCGCAAUGUACAUAGGAAAAUCUUUGAGAGUAAAAUUCUGAUCAACUGUCCAUACUGCACGUUUACGGCAAGCAAGAGAAUUUUGGAGACUCAUGUGAAAAUAUUCCACGCACCCAACUACAAGAAGUAUGGAAACCCACAUGGAUCUGGACAGGCAAAGAGCAGCCAGAUUUAUGGGUGGAAGCCGGGAGAGAGUAUGGAGAAAGCAAUGUACUUUUGCAAAAAAUGCUCCUUCCGGGACGGCCUCUACAAUGUUGUGAGAAGGCACAUCUACAGAGAACACUUUCGGCAUAUUGUCUCACCAUAUUUCGCUAUGGUUCCUGAAUCGUCUGUCAAAAAUGGGGCUAGUCCUGUGAAUGGCAACAACAUCCUCUGUAAGCGCUGCCAGUUUUCCACUCGCAGCUAUGAGGCUCUGGUACAGCAUGUUGUAGAGUACCACGAGCGCAUUGGUGCUCAAGUAACCACCAUGAUUGGUCAUGCCAACAUUAUUGUCUCCAAGCCUCAACUCUUACCGGUUGCUUCUCAGAAGGCCCCUCUCGCCCUCAGUGGCCAAAAACCUAGAACUGACCAAAUGGCACAGUCGGUUAUUGGCUAUUUAAAGCCAGUAACCCCUGCUGUUAAGAUGCAGCCCUUCAUCACAGCCAGUCAGAUACGCGCCACAGUUUCUAGCAACAGCUCAGUGGCUGAAACUAAUCCUGCUGGUGGAAACACUGCACACACCCAGAAGUGGAAGAUAUGUACAGUUUGCAAUGAGCUUUUCCCAGAAAACCUUUACAACGCUCAUUUCGAGAGUGCACACAAGGCAAAGAGAAUUUGGGCAUUUGCUAAGUACGUAAUGAAAAUACACAACUUCACCAGCAAGUGUUUGCUUUGCAACCGCUAUCUGCCCAGCGAUACCCUGCUGAACCACAUGCUGAUCCACGGGCUCACCUGUCUACAGUGCCACUCUGUUUUCCACAAUGUUGAGAAAAUCAUCGAGCAUGUUGCUACGUCUCAUCCAGAUGACUUUGUUGGACCGCCUAAUUCGUCACCUCUAACCUUUGAUCUCACCCUCAAACAAGAUACGGCCAGUGUCGUACAGCUUGUUGUGCUCACUUUUAACAUGAAGGACUCCGCCAGUGAUAAAGAUCCGUCUGACCCCGCCCAGGAUAGUGAUCCAUCCCCGGUGAAAUUCGGCAAUUCCAUCCAGAAAAGUGAUCAAUUUGCGAGAAGACUCCCCCUACUGGCGCACGAGAGUGAAUCUGGGAAGAGUCUGUGUCCCCUGUGUUUCACCAUCAUCAAAGGUCCCAUCGCGGACCCUUUGGCCAUUCAUCUGAGGGAGAGACACCAAGUGCUCCAAACAAUGCAUCCCGUGGAAAAAAAGAUGACCUACAAGUGCAUUCAUUGCCUGGGAGUGUACACUAGUAACAUGGUGGCCUCCACAAUCACGCUGCAUCUUGUGCAGUGCAGGGCGGUUGGUAGGAACCAGGCAGGCCAGGGCUUCAAGUCCGCCUUGACCCUCAACUCAUCGGGGGCCGGCUUCCUCAAAAGGCAGCCGUCCACGCAGGCCAUGUCCAACCCCAAGAGGAUGAAACUGAGCAAGGAGUCAAAAGUUUCCUCCACAACUGUCGGGAAUCAGUUUGACGCCGUUGGCCUCGCUCUGGAUCCCAGAAGCUACGAGCACAAGACGUACGAGGCCAGGAAAGCUUUCCUGACUUCCUACUUCAACCGGCGACCGUACCUCAAUUCUAAUGAAGAGGAGAAGCUCUCUGCGAGUCUGUGGCUCUGGAAAUCCGACAUUGCCACUCACUUUACAAACAAGCGAAAGAUCUGUGAGAGACAAUGCAAGUCCAAGAAGCUGUCGGUGCUGCUCGGCUACGACAUGGACGCUGUGAACAAAGUGAAGCACGACUUGAUCUUCGUGGAGAGCCAUCUCGGCGUCGCCUCCGCAGGGAGAUCUGGAGGCCUCAAGUCUGGCACUCCAAGCAGAGGCCAAACCAAGCGGGGUGAGACGCUAAACUCUACCUUAAAACUCAGUACAUGCACAGAGACAAUUUCCAUUGACUCAGACAGUGAGCCAGAGCCUGAGCCAGAAACGGAAACAGAGGACGGUCCCACUGAGAACGGAAGUGUGGACGCAAACCAAGACGAGAAUGUAAAAUCUGAGGAGGCAGCCGACCUGAUUGAAGAGACGGAACCUUUGAACACGGUCGAUUCCUCUAUGGAGAGCGAGAACGCUUUGCAGGACGGGAAUGCAAAUGCUUUGACGACUUCCUGUUAGUGUCGCUGCUUAGCGGUGUGUUGAAGGAAGGUGUAUACAUUAAGAUGGAGGGGGGAAAAAAAUCACAAAUGGUUGGGAAAAUGGCACCGGGUGACAAACGGUUCAGUUCUAGAUGUUGGCCCAGUUCCAGUGCUGGAGAAAAGGAAGAAGAAGUUACAGUGUAGUGCAUAAGUGACAUUGUAUAUAUGUUAGCCUUUCCUCUUUGUUAGUUUCUUCAUGCAAUCUAUUCACUUUUAAUUGUCACCAAAUUUAUGAAAGCUUGCCUACUUCCCCACUUCCAUGUUUUUUGUUUUUUUUCCUCUGACAAAUACCUGUAUCAUAUUGUCAUUUCACAUUUAGAAUGUGUAGGAUAUGCUAAUCGCUUAUGUUCAUGUUUUAGUAAAUGUUUGAUUAAUAAAAACAUUUGUUUUUUUUUCUUUCCCUA